AUGUUUACACCCGAGCUGUUGACGGCGCACAGCUGCGUUGGACACGUCCACCUGAUUCUCGGUUCUGGACCUCUGGCUGCCGCACGGUGCACAAAGUCGCUCGAUGUUGGCGCCCGACCGAUCGCUGUGUUUCCCGAGACCGAGCAACCCCACUUCACGCUUGCGGCGGCCAUUGAGCAGGGUCGAGUGUCAUGGAUACAGCGCGAGUUUGAAGAGCAGGACCUGAGGAAAUUGGGGAGGGAAGAAAUUGAUGGAUAUGUGGAUGCCGUGUUUGUCACUCUCCCUACCAAAGACCCGAGAAGCUCCCGCGUGUCCAGCCUCUGCAAGCGCAUGCGGAUUCCAGUCAACGUCGUGGAUGCGCCGCACCUUUGCACGUUCACCCUCUUGUCGACCUAUUCGGACGGACCCCUCCAAAUAGGAAUAACCACAUCGGGCAAUGGCUGCAAGCUAUCGUCGCGCAUUCGGCGGGAGAUUGCAUCCACCUUGCCUCCCAAGUUUGGUGCUGCAGUCGAGAGACUUGGAUCCGUGCGGAGGCAGAUAUGGGCAGAGGAUUACAAGUCCAAUGCCUCGAGCCCUACAGAACCACCCGACCCUGAAGGCGAAGAUGAAGAGGCCGCCGCUCAGAGACACACCUUUAAUUCCUUAGUCAAAGAAGACGAUCGAGACCCGGCUGUGUUGCGCACUCGCCGGAUGAGGUGGCUCUCGCAGAUAUGCGAGUACUGGCCUUUGAGUCGACUUGCGGCAAUCACGGACGCUGAUGUGGCAACAAUUCUAGAGGCGUAUAGGACCACCGCUCAGCCUCCUGCUCCUGGUUCAGACGACACCUCCAGUCUCCUUCCGUCGCUAGCUGCUCGCAAGGGCACGAUAACCUUGGCUGGUUCAGGCCCAGGCCAUCCCUCUCUACUGACGAUCGCCACGCGGACAGCCAUUGAAACAGCUCAUGUCAUCUUGGCGGACAAGCUUGUUCCUGCCGAAAUUCUAGCUCUGAUCCCCCGCAGGACGCCGGUGCACAUCGCCCGAAAAUUUCCAGGUAAUGCGGACGCCGCACAGGAGGAAAUGCUGCAAAUGGGACUGGAGGCCAUGGAACAGGGUAAAGACGUGCUCCGGCUGAAGCAAGGUGAUCCUUAUCUGUACGGUCGCGGGGCCGAAGAAGUAACCUUUUUCCGAGAGCGCGGUUUCGAUGUCAGGGUGAUACCUGGCAUCACCAGCGCUCUCUCGGCACCCAUGUUCGCCGACGUCCCUGUAACCCACCGGGCUGUUGCCGACCAAGUCGUCAUCUGUACGGGGACCGGUAGAAAGGGAGCUGCACCCGAGCCGCCAUCCUACAGAAAGACCAAGACAGUCGUGUUUCUCAUGGCGCUGCACAGAUUAGAGAGCUUGGUCCAAAGCCUGACGCAGAUCGCGGAAGAUCAGAGCCAGCAAGGGACACGACGGACGCUGUGGCCCUCCAGUACACCGUGCGCCGUGAUUGAAAGAGCCAGCUGUCCAGAUCAGAGGGUGAUCCGAUCGACACUCCAGCAUGUCUGUCAGGCCGUGGAAGAGGAAGGAUCCAGGCCACCGGGCUUGCUAGUUGUCGGCCACUCCUGCGAAGUGUUACACAAGGCCGAGCAAGACCAGAGGUGGACAGUUGAGGAGGGAUUCAGAGGUCUGGACGCUGGCGGAUCCGCGGCUUCAGAGUUGAAUAUACUACAAGAGUUGGGAAACGCGUCUCCGAGGGAUAUCAAGGAGCGGCCCAAAGCGAAUGGGGAUUUCCCUCCUGCUAUAACGGUGUGA